GGUGGCUGGGACGGAAAAGAUACCUCGGCGGCUGUGGGAGUCUGGCCUGCGAUCUGAAGAGUGCGGCCUGUCACCCUGUUCGGCACCGAGAGGACCUCAGGUUCCGCACCGAGGUGCCAGGAGGAGCUGGAUCCGCAUUGCAGGUUUGACCCCUCCCCCGUGAGGAAAACAAAGGAAUUAUGGAUAUGGACUAAGAUGGCCAACAGGAAAGGGACCAAAUGAGGAAAGGCCUAAUAGACAAAGAUUGAACAAUACAAACACUGACCACCUCUCCUCCCACCGCAGAAAAUAAAAGGUUGCUAAUGGUAACUUCUUACUGUUCUAUGGUGGAAGAAGGUAGACCAAAGCAAAAUGUUAGGGGAAACCAACAGCUCCUGGAGCAUAAAAACUGAAUGUGUUUCCAUUGUCCAAUCUUGAAUAUCUAGCACAAUUACUACAUCAUACUAAAAGCUCGAUAAAGAUUUGUCAAAUAACUUUAUUUUGAAUCCUUGAGAAGAGUCCAUCGUUUAUUUCUGGACGUACAGCUGCUUAUUUCCGUUGUUACAAAUUAUAUAUUGUUAUGAAUUACGUAUUAUUUAGGUAUAAAGAGACACUCAGAACACAGUUACAAAAAUGAGAAACCAAACAGCCUCAGUUUUGGAAAAGCCUAUUUUUCUAUCUAAGUGAAACAGUACACGUUCUGGGUGAGAGGAUGUCCUCCUCGCAAAAAAUGAGUAGUUACCACUGUUUUUCAUGCAGAGAAUGAGAACUCUUGACUACUUGCUAAGGGAGGCUCAGGGUCCUUCUAUUAAGCCAAUGUACAAAAUAAUCUUAGUCUCGCCCGACAACUUGUCUGUGGGGCAGCCGAUUACAAAGAAGCACCUUCUGCAAACUAACGGGAGAUGUGCUAAGUCACAACUUGAACCAGGUUCCCUCGAGUCCCGCCUCCUGUCCACUAAGAGCAUCGCUGCGCCUGUGCACACCGUUCCCGUGACGUCACGGCCUCCGGGCUCUCGGGUCGCCACUGCGCCUGCGUGCAUUCGCGUGACAUCAGCGCCCUCCGUGGGGGAGUUUUUGGGUAAGCACUACGCCUGCGCGUCCAGCAGCUGGCGGAACCGGCUUCUGCUAACUCCUGCUUUUUGCAGUUACACGAGAGGACUCUCCAUGGCAUCUAUGGCUGCCUCACAAACUUCACGUACUGUUGUUGCAUCUCAUGUUCCUUUUGCAGAUUUAUGUUCAACUUUAGAACGAAUACAGAAAAGUAAAGGACGUGAAGAAAAAAUCAGACACUUCAGGGAAUUUUUAGAUUCUUGGAGAAAAUUUCAUGAUGCCCUUCAUAAGAACCAAAAAGAUGUGACAGACUCUUUUUACCCGGCAAUGAGACUCAUUCUUCCUCAGCUAGAAAGAGAGAGAAUGGCCUAUGGAAUCAAGGAAACAAUGCUUGCUAAGCUUUAUAUUGAAUUGCUUAAUUUGCCCAGAGAAGGAAAAGAUGCCCUUAAACUUUUAAAUUACAGAACACCCACUGGAACUCAUGGAGAUGCUGGAGACUUCGCAAUGAUUGCAUACUUUGUGUUGAGGCCACGAUGUCCAAAGAAAGGAAGUUUAACUAUACAGCAAAUAAAUGACCUUUUGGACUCGGUUGCCAGCAAUAAUUCUGCUAAAAGAAAAGACCUAGUAAAGAAGAGUCUUCUUCAACUCAUAAGUCAGAGUUCAGCACUUGAGCAAAAGUGGCUUAUACGGAUGAUCUUAAAAGAUUUAAAGCUUGGUGUUAGUCAGCAAACUGUAUUUUCUGUUUUUCAUAAUGAUGCUGUUGAGUUGCAUAAUGUCACCACAGACCUGGAAAAAGUCUGUAGGCAACUGCAUGAUCCUUCUGUAGGACUCAGUGAUAUUUCCAUCACUUUAUUUUCUGCUUUUAAACCAAUGCUAGCUGCUAUCGCAGACAUUGACCGCAUUGAGAAGGACAUGAAACACCAGAGUUUCUACAUCGAAACCAAGCUAGAUGGAGAGCGUAUACAGAUGCACAAAGAUGGGGCUGUAUAUGAGUACUUCUCCAGAAAUGGGUAUAACUAUACUGAACAGUUUGGUGCUUCUCCGGAUAAAGGUUCUCUUUCCCCAUUCAUUCAUAAUGCCUUCAAAACAGAUGUACAAAUCUGUAUUCUUGAUGGUGAGAUGAUGGCCUACAACCCUAACACACAAACUUUUAUGCAAAAGGGAAUUAAGUUUGAUAUUAAAAGAAUGGUAGAAGAUUCUGAUCUGCAAACUUGUUACUGUGUUUUUGAUGUAUUGAUGGUUAAUAAUAAAAAGCUAGCACAUGAGACCCUAAGAAAAAGGCAUGAGAUCCUUUGUAGUAUUUUGACCCCAAUACCAGGUAGAAUAGAAAUAGUGCAGAAGACACAAGCUCACAGUAAGAACGAGGUAAUUGAUGCAUUGAAUGAAGCAAUUGACAAAAGGGAAGAGGGAGUCAUGAUAAAACAUCCUCUGUCCAUUUAUAAGCCAGACAAAAGAGGUGAAGGGUGGUUAAAAAUUAAGCCAGAGUAUGUCAGUGGGCUAAUGGACGAAUUGGACAUCUUAAUUGUUGGAGGCUAUUGGGGAAAAGGGUCACGGGGUGGGAUGAUGUCUCAUUUUUUGUGUGCAGUAGCAGAGAAGCCCCCUCCUGGUGAAAAGCCAUCUGUGUUUCAUACACUGUCUCGUGUUGGCUCUGGUUACACCAUGAAAGAACUGAACGAUCUGGGUUUGAAAUUGGCCAAACAUUGGAAACCUUUUAAUAAAAAAGCUCCACCAAGUAGCAUUUUAUGUGGAACUGAGAAGCCAGAAGUGUACAUUGAGCCUUGUAAUUCUGUCAUUGUUCAGGUUAAGGCAGCAGAGAUUGUGCCUAGUGACAUGUACAAAACUGGCUACACGUUGCGUUUUCCACGAAUUGAAAAGAUAAGAGAUGACAAGGAGUGGCAUGAAUGCAUGACUGUGGAUGACUUACAGCAGCUUAGGGGAAAAGCAUCUGGAAAGCUUGCCUCUAAACACUUUUUUGUAGGUGUUGAUGAUGAACCACAAGAAAAAAAGCGGAAAGCUGCCCCAAAGAUAAAGAAAGUCAUUGGAGUCAUUGAACAUUUAAAAGCGCCUAACCUGUCUAAUAUUAACAAAGUUUCUAAUGUAUUUGAAGAGUUUGAGUUCUGUGUUAUGAGUGGAACAGCCAGCCAUCCCAAGCCUGACCUGGAGAAUAAAAUUGCAGAAUUAGGAGGUUAUAUAGUACAAAAUCCAGGUUCAAACACGUACUGUGUUAUUGCAGGGUCUGAGAACAUCAGGGUGAGGAAUAUCAUUUCUUCAAAUGAACAUGAUGUGGUCAAACCUGCCUGGCUUUUGGAGUGUUUUAAGACCAAAACCUGUGUGCCAUGGCAGCCUUGCUUUAUGAUCCAUAUGUGUCCUUCCACCAAACAAUGUUUUGCCCGUGAAUACGACUGCUAUGGUGAUAGUUAUUUUGUGGAUACAGAUUUAAACCAACUGAAGGAAAUAUUCUCAGGAAUUAAAAGUUCUAAUAAGCAGACGCCAGAAGAAAUGGCUUCUGUGAUUGCUGAUUUAGAAUUUCGGUAUUCCUGGGACCACUCUCCGCUCAGUCUGUUUCGGCGCCACACCAUUUAUUUGGACUUGUAUACCGUUAUUAAUGACUUGAGUACCAGAACCGAGGGCACAAGAUUAGCUAUUAAAGCCUUGGAGCUUCGAUUUCACGGAGCAAAAGUAGUUUCUUGUUUAGCUGAGGGAGUGUCUCAUGUGAUCAUUGGGGAGGAUCAUAGUCGUGUUGCGACUUUUAAAGCUUUUAGGAGAAAGUUGAAGGGAAAGUUUAAAAUUCUUAAAGAAGAUUGGGUAACUGAUUCAAUAGACAAACAUGAACUACAGGAGGAAAAUCAAUAUUUGAUUUGAGCUGGUUUUCCUGGUGGAGAAAGUCUCUUGUUUGCCAGGCUCGUUGUAGCAGAGAGUAAUGAUAAAAUACUAAAUCGCAUUUUAUUUUUGACUCUUAAAAAUCUAUCCCUAAAAAGCAUUAGAUACAGGAAAACAAUUUUAACUUCUAAGUUCGAAAAGGCACUGAAUGGCUCACAGUCAAGAAAGAAAAAUUUAUUUUAGUAGUGUAGUAUUUGAUGAGUUUUAUAACCAAGAUGAAAUAAACAGUUUAAAGAAGAGGUGUCUGCAUAAUAUCCAUAUAGAAAUCCAUAAUUUUGACUCAGAUAUUAAAUACAUUUAAAAGCAUCUAAAGUCAUUAAAGGUAUUGGCCUUAUAAACAGUAUCUUCUGAAGUCAAAAAAUUUAAUAAUGGUUUUUAUCUAAUGAAAGCAUUACAAGAAUAAAGGACAGAACUUCUAUAAUUGGACUUGUAGGAAUAUGUCUUUUUACAUCAAGGCUAAAAUACCUCUUUUAAAUAUAAAACGUUGUAAACAAUUUUAUUUUUUAAGUUUAAGGGCAAACAUUAAAACCUUGUCAAAGAUGUUCUUCUCUAAAUUAAGGAAGAUGAAUAAGGCUUAAUGAUCUAGAAACCGAAAAUUGAAUUGGUUUGAUUAAAAAUAAAUCUUGCAAUUUUAACAAUAGCCUAGAUUUAAUUUUUUGUCUGAAAUAAACAUUUUAAAGUAUUUUUAUGUGAAUUCCUACUCCAGUGUAAACAGCAUUCACCAGAGAUGAUUUUCCUAGCUGUCACCCUGAGUUGGUAUCCAUGUGGCAGGUGUUCUGUAACUUCCACUGGAGAGAAGUAAAUUGCAAUGACUUUAUAAAAUGACUUUUAUAAUUAGGUUACUUAAAGUUGAAGUGUAUAGUAUUUAUUAUGUCUGGAUUUAUAGUAUACUAAACUUUGGAAUACAGCUUAUAUAUUUUGGAAAAUAUGCUUUCAUGACCAUAUUGAAAUGUAUGGAAUUUAAUAUGCGAGGUACUAUGUAUAGGUUUUUUGAAAGUAAUUAGAAAUUUUAUCCAAACAGUGGAACAAGUGUAUGUGAUUUUUGUUGUGCAUCUUAACUUAAAUAAAAUAUUUAAUAUACUAUU